AUGAGCGUCUCUGAGAUUUCAAAUCUGACUCCAGUCAUGUUUAUUGCAAUCAUCGGGCCUCAAUGUUCUGGGAAGAAGACUAUUAGGGAUUACCUUGUAUCUAAAGGGUUUUCUCCCGUUAUCAUUAGUGCAGAAAAGGAGACUAGUGCAGGUGCUCUACCUCCGUUUGUUAGGGAUGCUGUAGCAAACCCGGUCGAAGCGCUGCCUGGUCAGGAGUUGCAACUCGGAAUCUUACCGGGAAGCCUGCACUUCGACACAGCCGAUGGUCUUUUACAGCAUGUCACCACAAACUGGCGCUCUAAUUUUGUGACCACGGAUCUCCGCGAUAGAACGUUAAUAAGAAAGUUCGUCAGAAGACCAUUUUUCAUGCUGAUGAGUGUGGAUGCACCACUCGUUGAGCGCUAUCGGCGUUUGCAAUCGGUUCGUUCUUGCUCCUUGGAAGAAUUCAUUGGGGCUCAAGACCGCCACGUAUAUGGGAACAUCGAACAACCCUUUGCCCAAACCGAGACACCAUUAAUCAGUCUUGGUGAUGUGAUUAAUCUUCAGGUUAUUAAUUCCUUCGCGUCUAUACGCGAUCUGUACGCACAUCUAGACGCCCUCAACCUACUUGACCCCACACAUCUACGUCCAACAUGGGACGCGUACUUCAUGACAUUGGCAUCCCUAGCGUCGCACCGCUCAAAUUGCAUGAAGCGCCGUGUUGGUGCAGUCCUUGUUCGCGACAACCGCAUUGUCGCUACGGGGUACAACGGCACUCCUCGUGGUGUGCCAAACUGUAAUGAAGGAGGAUGCGGUCAUUGUAAUGGAACGACAUCCUCGGACAAGCCAUUGGAAUGUGUGUGCCUUCAUGCCGAAGAAAAUGCUCUGUUGGAGGCAGGGCGAGAUAGGGUUGGCAAUGGUGCCACAAUGUACUGCAACACGUGUCCUUGCCUCAAAUGCACGGUGAAAAUCAUACAAACCGGUGUCAAGGAGGUUGUCUACAACCUAUCAUACAAAGUUGACGAUGCAUCGGGUAGUCUAUUCAAGGAAGCUGGCAUUGAGCUACGCCAAUAUAUACCCAAGGCAUUGACUUACUUGUCUACAAGUGAGACCCACGAGGGUCUUUCUCUCCAUAUUCCAACAAUCAAACUGGCAGAUUCUUGA